AUGGUAGCAAAUGUAAUCUACAAGGUAGUAGAAGAGGAAAGUCAUGAAGAUGCCAGUCAGAGAGAAGAUCGGAGAGCAGAACCUCUCUCACAGGCUCAGGAAAGUGAAGAUGUCACCCAAAGAGAAGAACAGAGAGCAGAGCCUUUCACAUUAGCACAGAACAAUGAAGAUGCCACCCAAAGAGAAGAGCAGAGCACAGAGCCUAUCACAUUAACACAGGAAAGUGAUGAAGAUGCCAGCCAGAGAGAAGAGCAGAGAGGAGAACCUGUCCCACUGGCACAGGAUAAUGAAGAUGCCACACAGAGAGCGGAGCAUUUCACAUUAACACAGGAAAGUGAUGAAGAUGCCAGCCAGAGAGAAGAGCAGAGAGGAGAACCUGUCACACUGGCACAGGAAAACAAUGAUGAUACCAGCCAAAGUCAAGAGCAAAGAGCAGGAUCUUUCACAAUGGUACAGGACAGUGUCCCUCAAGCAGAUGUCCACUUCCAUGGACUAACGGAAGGACAAAGCAUCAUCUCGAUUCUCUCCUUUGCACUGAGACACAACACUACAGGUGUAUUGAUGGAAGACCUGCUGAAACUACUUAAGUUACAUUCCGCUGGGACUAGUGCAGUUCCAACGAGCAAGUAUUUUUUGGAGAAACCGUUAGCUGGUAUUGCUGAUCAGUUUGAACGGCAUCAUUACUGCAGAGUUUGUACUAAAUACAUUGGUUCUUCACAAUCUCAAGAGGAAAUUCUUAAAUGUGUGUCAUGUUCCUCAUCCACAACAGUAGAAGCCAGUUUACAGGAAGGACAUUUUUUUAUUAGGAUUCCAUUAAAGGAUCAGCUGAAAGAUAUUCUCGAGAACCAGGGCAUGCACGAUCUCUGUUUUCGUGCUGAUGACAAUAGAAGGGAUUUAAUAAAGGACAUAUGUGAUGGCACUUUAUAUCAGACCUUAAAGUCAAACAGUGAAGAUGAUUUCCUAUCCCUUACAUUCAACUGUGAUGGUGUACCAGUCUUUCAGUCCUCUAAAUUCAGUAUUUGGCCAAUACUGUGUUGUGUUAAUGAGAUACCCCCUGAGAGUAGAGAUAACCAUGUACUUUUAUGUGGUUUAUGGUUUGGAUCCAAAAAGCCAGACAUGUUGUGCUUCUUCAAACCAUUUGUUGAGGAGUGUAUCAGUCUUUCGGAAGUUGGUUUUGAGUGGCAGCAUCCUAGUGAUCAGUCAGUCAGACACAUUAAAGUGCACACAUUGUGCUGUGUGUGUGAUGCAGUAGCAAGGCCAUUGCUACAGAACUUUAAGCAGUUUAAUGGUGAAUAUGGGUGUGGAGUCUGCCUUCACCCUGGGGUGCAAACAAGGAAAGGAAGAGGAAACACAAGGGUUUACACAUGUCUUGAUGAAAAGCCAAGUGACAGAAAUCAUAAAACCACAGUAAAAAUAGGACAAAUUGCUGAAAAAGAAGGGAAAACUGUAUUGGGCAUAAAGGGCCCAUCUGCCCUUACCGAUUUACCAAUGUUUGAUCUAAUCAACGGGAUGGUCCCUGAUUACAUGCACUGUGUGUUGCUUGGUGUGUGCAGAUACAUGGCAACUUUAUGGAUGGAUUCAAAGAGCAUUUCUGAACCAUGGUAUAUUGGUGCACAAACAGCAGUCAUGGACAGACAUCUCUUGUCAAUAAAACCUCCAGGUAUUGUUGCUCGAGUUCCAAGAUCUCUAACAGAACGCAAAUUCUGGAAAGCCCAUGAGUGGCAACACUGGCUUUUGUACUAUAGUUUGCCAGUUCUGAAACGCAUACUUCCACAGAAGUAUCACUCUCAUUGGGCAUUGUUGAUAGAAGGCAUAAGCAUUCUGUUGGGGUCUGCAUUAAAUGCUGAACUGAUAAGUCACGCACAUGAGGCAUUAGUGUACUUCGUUGGAGGUGUGCAGUCCCUGUAUGGUAAAGAGCACAUGACAUUCAAUGUUCAUUCACUUCUGCAUUUGAGCAAAAGUGUUGUGCGCUGGGGUCCUUUGUGGGCUCACUCAGCCUUCAUGUUUGAAGAUUUCAAUGGGUACCUCUUGAAACAAGUCAAAAGUAGUCAAGCUGUACCACAACAAAUAUGCAAACGAGUGGCGUUAACCCGUGCUUUUCCACGUUUAGCAAAGCAGUUCUUAACAAAUGCACCUGCAGAAGUUAAAGAUUUCUGCAAUGAAAUGAGAAAUGGAAAGCAGCGUGUCAAGUUUAAAAACUUUACUGAGGUGACUGGUCUUGGUUCACCAAGUGUAAGCUUACUCUCUCUGGGUGAUCAAGCUGCUUUCCACUCAGUGAGAGAGGUUCCCACAAAUGCUGUGGUGAGGUACUACAAGAGAAUUGCUGUAAAUGGCGAAGUCGUUCAUGGUCAUACCUACAGCAAAACGAAACAGAGAAACAACUCUGUUGUGCUUUUGAAGGAUGGGAGUAUUUUUAGAGUCUCACACUUCAUUGACAUGGGUGACCAGUGUUUAUAUGCCAUAGGAAACUAUGGUAAUUGCACAGUGCAGAAGUUAGCCAGAGGUUCUCAUAUCAAAACUCAACUGAGCUACAUGUCAGCUGUCCACUUUCCCACAGGCUUUCACAAAGCCAUAAAUGCUACUCAGAGCACUCUUGCACACCGUGUGAGGCGGUUUCACGGCUCCGUCUCUGCUGGAUCGAUGCCUGAUGAGGUCCAGAUGAAGUCCAGAUGA